CCGGUUUUACUCUUUAGCGAACACUAUCGUACUCACUUCGUUCGUAUAUUGUAUAGAUCACGCGGAUCAUUUAACGCAUCUAUAAAAACGUUCGAGUUUAUUUAAUAACUAAGGUCGUUUAAUAUUAACGAAGAACCAUCAUGAAGCUGAUUCAAAUAUUAGGUUGCACUUUAUUUUUAUGGAGCGUCCUGCUCGUUUCUAUGACAAAAAGUGCCGUUAUACAGAGACAACAAAAAGAUUUAAAUGUUACGAAUCCAAUAAUGAAAACCAAUGUUUCUACGUAUGACGAUGAUGACGAGGAUUUUGUUCCUUAUCAAGGAGAACGGUUUAAUGUCUUUGACUGGAUGCUUUUUAAAACUAUAGGAAAGAAAUAUUCUGGAAAUGUAUUAUUAUCACCGAUAUCCGUGAAAAUGGCAUUAGUUUUGCUUUACGAAGGAGCUCAGGAUCAAACAGCUCACGAAUUAGCUGGAGUUAUGCAAUUACCAGCCAGUCGAUCGGCAACUCGCGAUAAGUUUUCUGAAAUCCUUCAAUCAUUAAGGAUGAUAUGUCCUCAGUACGAAUUGAAUAUCGGUACUCGCCUUUAUGUCGAUACCUCCGUUUCGACGAGACAACGCUAUGCUGCCAUCGUCGAAACAUUUUAUGGGGUUAAUCUUAUAAAUACGAAUAUGUCAGACACUCAUUUAAUUACCGAGGAAGUUAAUGCUUGGGUUAAAAAUGUGACGCAUGGAAAUAUCGGUAAAUUGGUUGAAGAUGAAAACAAUUUGAAGGACUCAGUAAUGCUAGUGGUCAACGCACUCUUUUUCAAGGGCACUUGGAGGCGUCAAUAUUUCUUAGAUAAAAAUACUUCCAUGAGGAAAUUUUAUUUAAGCACAAACAAUAGCAUUGAUGUACCAUUCAUGACCACGGUCAGUCGAUUCUAUUACUCAGAAUCUCCAGAAUUGGACGCAAAGAUUCUACGAAUACCGUAUGACGGUCAUAAAUUCGCUAUGUAUUUGAUACUACCAUAUACGUUAAACGGAGUAGAUCACCUGUUGAAAGAAAUUAAUCCUUUUAUAUUGACGAGACACGUAUGGCUCAUGCAAGACAUGCCGGUAGAAGUGAUCAUUCCAAAAUUUAAGUUCGACUUUACAAGCCAUUUGGAGCCUUCUCUUCGCGAGUUGGGUAUUCGAGAUAUAUUCGACGAUACGGCUACUUUGACGGGUAUAGCAAAGACAAAACGCGUUUCUCGGCACCUCAUCGUUUCGGAUGUCCUACAAAAAACUGGUAUUGAAGUGAAUGAAAAUGGAACAACCGCCUACGCAGCCACUGGUGUACAAAUCGGGAACAAAAUUACUGAUCAAACCUUCCACGCGAAUCAUCCGUUUGUUUUUUACAUCGAGGACGAAUCGACGGGUACUAUUCUUUACAUUGGAAAAAUUACAAAUCCUUUACAACAAGAAGGAAGUACUGAAAAUGUAAAAAUGGAUUUUACAUCACAUUUGGGUCAGGAAACACGGCCCUCUCUACCAUCCGCUUCCGAUGAUCUAUUGUUAAUACCCCAUGGCGAGGAACGAUAUAAUUUCUUCAAUAUCGACUUGUUUCAGGCGGUGAACAAAGAAAUCGAAGGAAAUAUAAUAAUGUCGCCUACGAGUGCUAAAUUAGCUCUGACAACUCUCGCCGAAGGUGCUAAAGGACAAACUCGUCAAGAAAUACAGGCUGCAUUGAGAAUGCCUGAAAAUUUGCAAGAAAUCAGGACUAUCGCUCAGCGUACUUUUGCGGCCUUGAAAACAUUUAAAAAUGGUACGGAAAUUGAUGUAGCAACUCGAUUAUGGACUAAAAAUGGUUUAAAAAUAAUGAACAAUUACAAUACUAUUCUCCAACAAUAUUAUGGUGGAGAUAUUCAGCCUGUUGACUUCACAAAUGGAUAUACUGCGGAAGAAACGAUCAAUAACUGGGUACGAGCUACUACUCGUAACAACGUCAAGUCUAUCUUACAGCCUGGUAGUCUUAAUGCGGAUACGACCUUAAUUUUGACAUCAGCGUUAUAUUUUAAAGGACGGUGGCAGAAAUCGUUUAAUAGAAAUGCAGGAUUCAUUGAUUGUUUCUAUAUUCCUAAAAUUGGUUGUCAAAAAACAAACUUUAUGGCGACUACAGCAGAAUAUUCUUAUGGACAUAUUGCAUCUUUGAAUGCAGAUGCAAUAAAGAUACCGUAUAGUGAUGGAAAGACUGCGAUGAUAGUUUUACUUCCGAAUAAUCAUGAACUGGAUCCAAAUCUUCAAAUUUUGUCAAAAGAUUUAUCUUACAUACCUAUUUCUGCAUUACUCGCAAAUCUUUAUAUAACAGAAGUUAAUUUGAUACUUCCUAAGUUUUCUAUAGAAAGUAAACUUGAUCUUCGAUUUGCAUUGGAACAUUUGGGAGUUCAUACCAUGUUCGAGACAACUGCAGAUUUAUCCGGAAUUACAGAAGAUGGUCCUUUAUAUGUUAAAAAUAUUUUACAAAAUGCUAAAAUAGAAGUCGAUGAGCAAGGGACUAUUGCAGCUGCAGUAACAGAAUUUUCUAUAGUACCGUUAAUGGGAUCAAGUACAGAAAUUUUCAGAGCUAAUCGUCCGUUCCUUUUUGCUAUAAUAGACUUGCAAACAAACGCAACUCUUUUUGCUGGUCGUUACGUACGUCCUGAUUCGAGUAAUUGAAAUACUACUCAAUAAAGAAAAUAAUGUAUUUUUAAAUAUAUAUGUAUAAAUACUUCUUUUUUAUGAAAAA